GUCCGGGGACAGCCUCCCAUUAUACAAGGUACAUUGGUUUUAUCAUUUCACCUGUACAGAGCGCUCACUGUAACAUCCGGGGACAGCCUCCCAUUAUACAAGGUACAUUGGUUUUAUCAUUUCACCUGUACAGAGCGCUCACUGUAACAUCCGGGGACAGCCUCCUAUUAUACAAGGUACAUUGGUUUUAUCAUUUCACCUGUACAGAGCGCUCACUGUAACAUCCGGGGACAGCCUCCCAUUAUACAAGGUACAUUGGUUUUAUCAUUUCACCUGUACAGAGCGCUCACUGUAACAUCCGGGGACAGCCUCCCAUUAUACAAGGUACAUUGGUUUUAUCAUUUCACCUGUACAGAGCGCUCACUGUAACAUCCGGGGACAGUCUCCCAUUAUACAAGGUACAUUGGUUUUAUCAUUUCACCUGUACAGAGCGCUCACUGUAACAUCCGGGGACAGUCUCCCAUUAUACAAGGUACAUUGGUUUUAUCAUUUCACCUGUACAGAGCGCUCACUGUAACAUCCGGGGACAGCCUCCCAUUAUACAAGGUACAUUGGUUUUAUCAUUUCACCUGUACAGAGCGCUCACUGUAACAUCCGGGGACAGCCUCCCAUUAUACAAGGUACAUUGGUUUUAUCAUUUCACCUGUACAGAGCGCUCACUGUAACAUCCGGGGACAGCCUCCCAUUAUACAAGGUACAUUGGUUUUAUCAUUUCACCUGUACAGAGCGCUCACUGUAACAUCCGGGGACAGAUCCAUGAAGCGCCCGCAAGCCACAAACGUUCGUGAGACUAGUGGUCAAAAUUCCUCGGAUGCACAAGAGGUUGUUACUAAGGCCGAUCAUAGCCUAUGAACGCCCUGUGGAUCGGGUCCCAAAACAUGUUACACACACUGGCAACAAUCAGUCUCACAAUGCUACAAUGGAUUAUUACUACAAAACUGCACAUCUUUAAGGAAAGUGUUCCUUUUCUUGAGAGCAAGAAAUACAUACUUUGCAAAUCUUCUUAGAAAAUAGAGCAAAUGAGCAAGAUACCAUGAACCAGAGGAUGAUAACUGCAGCUCAUGCUGACUUACAACGAGACUGACCACCCGUUACCGUUAGUCGCUCCUUACAACAGGCAUAGUCGCCUUUUACGGCAAGCAUGGGUUGCUGAAGACCCAUUCCACCUCCGAAGUUCACGGGUAUGCGGUGGAAAGCGAAUGGAUUAGGUUGUGUCAGAUUGAGUGCAGUAGAUUAUUAUCAACAAUCUCAUCCCAGUCCCAGCUUCUUGGUACAAAAUACAAUGUACAUGAUCGUCAAAAAGCUAAAAUCGUCCAGCGUCAAACAACAAAGAAACAGAGUACAGAGUUGCAUCCCUUAGCCAAGCAGGCCCGGGUCCACUAAUUGUUGGUUCGAAUCCCAGAGUAGGAUCUGUGGCCCCUCCAUAACGUCCAUGACAUGUGUCACUUAGGGAUUAUUAAACUCAAAUGCUGCUAUUAGUGGCGACCAAACUGUCUCUAUGCUUUAUUUUUAUGUAACAAAGUGAUAAAAGAUCUAUUCGCGUUUGAACCCUACAUCUAAGAAUGGUACACACAAACCAUGCUUCAUGGCUCCCAUGGGACUGGUCAAGACAAAUGUAAUAACCCUGGAACUGUCAAAGAGUUUCUGCUACUGUAGUGAUUUGUUUUACUUUGAGCUAUUUUUCUCUGUUUUUCUAAUGGAAUUUUUCCCCAUGGAACAGUUUUUACGGGAAAACUAUUCCCACGAUAUACACUGGCAAUAUUUGUUCCGGGUGGAACUAGUCAUCGUUGACACAAGCGCCUGAUUGACACCCGCAAUGACAAUAAAACAAGUUUAUCAUCAAAAACCUGUUAUCGUCGUGAGUACGUGACCGAAAACAUGUUACACACUAUCAUUGAUCCUAUCAUGACUCUAUCAUUGUUUGUUUACACUGAUUCGACCACAUGAGGAAAUCUAGUAAGGAAGUCGUCCCUGCUUAACUCCCUUGAAUUGAUUAAAAAGGAGGAACGGUAUGACAAGAUGAAUAAUAUCCCAAUAAACUGUGACUAAAAUAUGUCUGUAGUACAAAUAUGAUGUGUAUAUGAUUCAAGAUGCUCUAACACAAUUUUUAUUUUUAUUUUUCUUGUAUGCACUUCUCUGUAUGAAACACAUUCUCCAAAGAGAACAAGCGGAUUUCGUCAAGGAUAUUCACUUUUGUAUAAGCAGAUACCGGAUGUUGUUGCAGACGAAUUUAUCAAGACGACAGCCGGGAACGCUGUAGAUAUCUUUGUACAAGAGAAUCUUAGCUUACCCAUGCUGCUGGUAUAAGUUGUCCAGUGAUGACGGAGGAAACAGAUCACUUCCGACGCUGCUUCAAGUAUUUCAAGGCAAGGAAUCCUCCUCCACAGUAUUCCAGUGUGAUUGACUUCAACAAGUUAUCAAAUCGAAACAGCUCAAACUCAUCAAAUCUAAGUGAUGUUGAGGUUUCUGAAGUUGCACUAGACAGCCCAGCCACCGCUCUUCCCCUUGGACUGAAACCAGUGACAAACUGGCAAGCCUUCACACUCAACAAGCACCCGGGUUUUGUGGUAAUUCGAAACCCAUUUGAAGCUGGGUUUCAACGCUACUGGAUCAAGCGGUGUUUACAGGACUACCACCUGCCUCCUAAUAUCACCAACCUCGACCCUCAUCUGGAAAGAAGUCUAACUGCCCAAAUAUUUGAUGAUUUUGCCAAGCAAGACAGGGAGGAGUUGCAGAAGGAUGAUUUAUUGAUGAGACUGAGAUGGGUGACUCUGGGCUAUCACUAUGACUGGACUGCCAAGAAGUACUAUGCUGACAAGCACAGUGAGUUCCCGGCCGACCUGAGUGUCUUGUCAUGCUGUAUAACAGAGGCCCUGGGCUACACCGACUUCAGGCCGGAGGCGGCCAUUGUCAACUACUACCACAUGGACUCGACCCUAGCUGGACACACCGACCAUUCCGAGUUCCACCAACAGGCUCCUCUCUUGUCUGUCAGCUUCGGUCAAGAUGCUAUUUUUCUCCUGGGAGGAAAGACAAAGGCAACGCCUCCAUCUGCUAUGUACCUGCGCAGCGGUGACAUCUGUGUGAUGGGUGGGGAGUCGAGGAUGGCAUAUCACGCUGUUCCACGGAUACUUGCUGCCACAAACCCAACCUACAUGGACUGGAACAGCCAGAGGGAGGUAACUCCUUCUCCAGCUGAUACACAAGACCCCAACAGAGGUUCAUCAAGUGACAUGGAUGCUUGUAUCAAGCAGGAGAUGAAUAGAAUGAACUGGAAACCCUUAAAUGUUUUUCUUAAGACUUCGCGUAUUAAUGUCAACAUACGCCAAGUGCUGAAGCCGGGCCAGACAUUUCCGGAAGAGCACGGAAAGGUUGACAAUGUGCCAUUGUCUGAUGGUACAGUGCAGGAGAUGCCAAUUAGGAAAAGGUUUAAGCUAAGCGAUUCAUGACAAAGGCUUUUGAUUUAACAUUGUACAUAUUUUAGUAUUUUUAAGUCAUUAUUGAUACAGCUAUUGGUUACAAGUGGUUGUUAACUUCAGAUGACAUCACAAUAGGUUCACUUACAGCUUUGACAGCUUUUAGAUAGGUACACUGUAAAAACGCAAACUUUUGUAUUAUAAGAUGAGGGGGUAAAAUUAUGGAUGUGAUAUUCACAUGGGACAAAUUAUUUCAUGCCUUGUACUCAACCAUGGUCCAAGGAAGUGCAUAUUCUGUUAAACUACACGAAGGUAGAAACUGGAUUUUAUUAAUCUUUCAUUCAGAAUGUCCAUAUCAAUAGGAAUUGAAAAUCAUGAAAGUAAAUUUAAUUCAAAAAAGAUUUAAACCAGCCCAUGGUCCAGAAAACACUUUAAGAAUUGUUUCGCCCCUUGUAGGUCACAUGGCAGAUGAGGUAGCAGGUAUCAGAGUUUGUUGCAGCUCAGGAAUGUGGACAGGAUUUGAUUAUGCUUUUAUAAUAAAGAAUGAUUGAUAUA